GUAAUUAAUUAUUAAUCCAGCUCAAACAUAAAUAUUUUAGCUCUUUCAUCUUUGACCAUUGACUCAAUCUCUCUCUACCACCACGUGCUCUCCACGUGCCCCCCUAUAUAUACAUACGUUCUUCCCCGUAUUCAUACACUACACAUCACCAAUUCUUCUCUCCUCUUUCACACAAAAUUUUCAAUGUCAAACAACCACCGUACUUCCACCGCCGAUCGCCGGAACCCUAGCCGCCUCCAACGGAGAGCUCCGGCGUCGAUACAAAUCAAUCGGUCAACCGAUUGGAAUGUAGCUAUACCGCUUUUGUCGCCGUUGAUUACUUCUCCCGUUGAUGAUGAAGGUAAUCUCAAAUUUGCAAUUAAUAGGCUCGCCAAUUCGAGUAAUAUCAACUCGAGUAACAAUAGUAAUAAGAAAGAGGAGGUGGUGAAGAAAGAGGUGGUGUUUAAGAAGUGGCAACAUCCAGCGGCGCCGUUUUGUCAUGAACCAGCAGCAGCAGCACCGCCGUUGAUUCAGUUUGCUUGUAGUGGUGCAACGUCUAAUAGAAGGAUUGCCCUAAUCGCUGAAGGUUCUGUGGAAGGGGAUUUGCGUAACUCUGUGGGAGAUUGGCUGACGAAUUUUGAAGAUUUUGCCGUAAUUCUAUGCGAUUUUUGGGGAUUUUGCUGUAGCUGUAACUAAACGAUGCUUAUUGUAUAAGCUUGCCACCACGUUACAGUGACUUUGUUAGGCAAAUCACACCUGAAUUGCCUCUUUUCUUGUACAACUACUCAGCUCAUCAGUUUCACGGAGUUUUUGAGGUCUGUAUCUCUACACUAUUUGCAUUACAUGGUUGAAUGUGAAUGGAUGUAAUUUGUUCUAGACUACUAUCUGUGUUGUUGGUAAAACGAAUGUGGAGUCUUGUCAUUUGGUUAAUUUUUUUACAAAAUUGAAAAGGUCACCGGUCUAUCGGAAACCACCUCUCUACCUAAAAGGUAGGGGUAAGGUAUAUACAUCCUAUCCUCCCUAGACGCUACUUAUGACAUCCUAACCCGGUAUGCAGUUAUUUUUUCGUUUGAAACACAGUCAGGGAUGGUUGUCACCUGUUUACAGAAAUAAUAGAGAUGGACAGAGAUCAGAAUAGAUUGUUUUGAAAAAUUAUUCAAACAGAAAAAUUGUUUUGAAAUGAAUAGAGUGGUUUCAAAUGAUAAAAGAACUUUUGAAUACAUUGCGGUUGAAGAAGGCUUUAUGUUGCUUUUUUCUGUAAAAGAAAACCUUCAUAUUGAAGUUUUAAAAUGUCUUUAUUCCUUCUUGUAUAGCUCUCUUCUUUUAAACCUUCCUUCUAUUAUUUAAAUUUUAAUAAUCUCCUCUUUUAGGAUUAAUUUUCUUUAAAUCUUAAGAAAACUUGUUGAGCAAAAUCACAAUUAAGAAGUCAAUAUCAAGUUUAUCCACAACUCUUGGCAUUUUCUGUGUUGUAUUAUUCCCUAAUAGUACUAGUUCCCUCCCUUGUGCCAGACUGUUGUAUAUAAUGAUGUCUCUACUGAACCUUCAAAGCGUCGUAGGCAGCAACAGCUCUGUAGAAGACGAAAAUCCCAAUCCAUUAAGCGUCGUAGUACUAAUCGAAUUAGUCAUUGCCAAAAUGAAACCAGAUACAACUAGUGCUUCCACUAAAUCUGGAAACAUUUCUGCUAUCAUUCCUCCAUAACUGAACGCAAUCACUAUGCACUUCUCCACUCCCAGUUUCCUUAAACCUUUUCCCAAACACUCCGCUUGAAAAGUAAGUUAUUAAACCCCCGAAGAAAAGUAAGUCAGAUACAUAAAUGGAGUAUUUUUUAGUUAAUGCACCUAUCUGAAAUUGCCAUGUGACGAUUCCCUCACCAGCGAAGCCGUGGAUUAGUACGACUACGGGUUUGUUCCGAUCAGGUUUGAUUGUGCAUUCAGGGGAAAUGGCACAUUGAUCGUUGGAGAAAGGAGUAGUGGUUGUGUUUUUCUUGGUUUUCUUUGCUUUGUAUUAUGGUUUCAGAAGGAAUCCAAAAGCUCAUAAUGGUUCCUGGUUCUAUUUGUAUACUAUGAGGUUUUAUUCUAGCCAGUUUCAUUAGGCCAUGUAACAAUGGCUUUUGUGUUGCUACCUAUGUUGCUUGGAUUCUUCAAAAAUGUCGAUGGGUGCGUAUCGUAUCCUCCAAAUUUAGUGUAUUUUUGAAGGAUUCGAUACGGAUACGACAACAUUUUUGAAGAGUCGGAGCAACUUAGGUUGCUACCAAGUUCACCAUCUUUUAGUUUCUCGGUUAUUUUUCUGGAAUUGUUUAUGAAUUAUGUGUGUAUGGAGGAAUCAAGGAAUGAGGUGAAGUGGUGGAAGAAAUGAGAGAAAAGGGGGAUUAUACUAUUGCAUGAGAUUUAAGCUACAACAAAUGAAGUAUACAUAUUUUUAAUAGUAUGACUGUAAUUUAGCUUGUUCUAAUGGGCUCAUCGAUCGUUGUUUUUACCAACUUAUCUAUAAAUUAAAAUUUUAUCCUAUAGAUUUUCCUAUAAUUAAGUGAUAUGAUUGUGUAAAUAAUUUUCAUAUCAUCAAUGAGAGAAGUAUAAACGCACAGGGAAAUAAAUAAAUUAAGAACCUUUAAUUUUUAAUGACUAGAUUAACUAUAGAGAGGUUUAGGUCAAACCUACAAACACCAUGACCCAAUGGAAAGUUUCUCAACAUGCUGGAGUGAUACAAAGAGAUCUCUUAACAUCUUCUGGUCAGUCCUAAAAUCACUUUCACGAUUUUCAUUAUCAUUUGUCAUCCUAAAGAAAUUUAGCUUAGUAUCGACUAGAGCUUGUACAUUACGAAGAAUAGGUAUUUUCUUAUGAAAACAUCCACUAAUCUCCAGCGAAGUAACAUUCCUAACCUUCUCCUGCUUAAGUAUGUUGUAACUGAAUGCAAAAAAAAAAAAAAAAACCUCAAA